UGAUGUGUUACGAUCUGCGAGUUUGCCAAAGUCGAGGUCUCAGUGGUGGUUUCCUUCAAAUAAACGGCUCUCUCUCUCUCUGGAUGGCUCUCUGCUGCCUGGUGAUCCACCUCCUCCUCCUCUUCACUCUCUCCUCGGCUCAGAAUGACUUCUUCACCUCCAUCGGUCAUAUGUCCGACCUGCUGUCAACAGAGAAGACUCUGAUCGCCUCCCUGAAGGACUACAUCCGAGCGGAGGAGAACAAACUGGAGCAGAUAAAAGAAUGGGCAGACAGAGUGGAUGCCCUCUCUGCAGCAGCCUCUCAGGACCCUGAAGGUUUCCUGGGUCAUCCUGUGAACGCCUUCAAACUGAUGAGGAGACUCAACAAAGAGUGGGCGGAGCUAGGGAACUUUGUGCUCACUGACGUCUCGGGCGCGUUCAUCUCUAACCUCACCAUCCAGAGGCAGCACUUCCCGAACGACGACGACCAGAACGGCGCCGCCGAGGCGCUCAUGAGGCUUCUGGACACCUACCAGCUGGACACGGAAACCAUCUCCACGGGGAGGCUGCCAGGCUCCUCCCCCGACUCCUCCGUGCACAGCGUGCUCACCGUCGACGACUGCUUCGACCUCGGGAAGGUGGCGUACGCGAAGGCGGACUACUACCAGUCGGAGCUGUGGAUGGUUCAGGCGCUGAAGCAGAUGGACGAGGGCGAGACGGCCAAGACCGCCGACGCCGUCACCAUCCUGGACUACCUGAGCUACUCGGUGUACCAGCAGGGGGCGGUGGUGAGGGCGUUCCACUUCACCAAGAGGCUGCUGGAGCUCGACCCGACUCACCAGCGAGCCAACGGGAACCUGAAGUACUUUGAGGACGUGCUGGGGAAACGGAUGAAGGUGAAGGAGAGGAGGCGGGGCAAGGCGGAGGGGGGGCGGAGGGAAGGCCGGCCCGUGGAUCACCUGCUGGAGAGGGACAAGUACGAAGAGCUGUGUCGCGGCGAGGGCCUCAAGAUGACUCCUCGCAGACAGAGCCGCCUCUUCUGCCGUUACUACGACAACAACCGCCAUCCGAAAUACGUCAUAGGUCCGGUGAAGCAGGAGGACGAAUGGGACCGCCCGCGCAUCGUCAGAUAUCACGACAUCGUGUCGGACAGAGAGAUGGAGAAGGUGAAAGAACUCGCCAAACCCAGGCUCAGACGUGCCACGGUUCACGACCAUCAGACCGGCCAGCUGACCACGGCCCAUUACAGAGUCUCUAAGAGCGCGUGGAUCGGAGCGUUUGAACACCCGCUGGUGGACCGGAUCAACCAGAGGAUCGAGGACAUCACGGGCCUGGACCUGAGCACAGCAGAGGAGCUGCAGGUGGCAAACUACGGAGUAGGAGGACAGUACGAACCUCACUUCGACUUUGUACGGAAAGACGAGCCAGAUGCUUUUAAGGAGCUGGGAACAGGAAACCGGAUCGCCACCUGGCUGCUUUACAUGAGUGACGUGUCAGCAGGGGGCGCCACAGUCUUCACUGAUGUGGGAGCUGCUAUCGUGCCCAAAAAGGGCACGGCGGUGUUCUGGUACAAUCUGCACCCCAGUGGAGAGGGUGACUACAGCACCCGACACGCCGCCUGUCCUGUUCUAGUCGGAAACAAGUGGGUGUCCAAUAAAUGGAUCCACGAACGUGGGCAGGAGUUUAGGAGGCGCUGCGGCCUCCGGGAGACGGACUGACAGAUCCUCUUCCUCCUCUCUCCUCCUCCUCCUCUUCCUCCUCCUCUUCCUCCUCUCUCCUCCUCCUCCUCUUCCUCCUCCUCCUCUUCCUCCUCCUCCUCCUCCUCCUCCUCCUCCUCUUCCUCUUCUUCCUCCUCUGCUCUUCUUCCUCCUCCUCCUCUUCCUCUUCUUCCUCCUCUCUGCUCCUCUUCCUCCUCUCUCCUCUCCUGUCUCCUCUCCUCUUCCUACCUCUCCUCCUCUUCCUCCUCCUCUUCCUCUUCCUCUUCCUCCUCCUCCUCCUCCUCUUCCUUCUCUCUCCUCCUCCUCUUCCUCCUCUUCCUCCUCCUGCUCCUCCAUCACAAUGAAAUAAAUUAAAACUUCUAAAUAUUUAUUUAUCUGCGUCUAAAUGCAUUUUAUUUAAAAAAAUAAGUUCAUUAUUCAGGGAUGUGAUAAUUAACUAUCGCACAAUGAUGUGAUAAACUGGCAACAGAUCAUCUCUACUUCUGUGUUUUACGCCGUCUGAUUUAUGGGGUGCUCCCUCUAGAGUAGGGGUGGGAAACUGGCGGCCCGGGGGCCACAUGUGACAUGACAAAAUCUGCCAUGAAAACCAGAAAUAUGUCCAUAAUAAUAUUUGAUCACAGGUAUCGUUGAGUUAAAUUUGAAACAUAAUUGAUUUUAAUUGUUUUUGUAUCCUACAAUUUGGCCCCCUGGCAGUGAGAAUUAAAUGAAUGUGGCGCUUGCUGUGACCAUCCCUGCUCUAGAGGAACCCUCGGGUAACACAUGUUAUACAGAGGCCAGUAUGUGACGCAGCAGCAGGUCGUCUACACGUCGAGUGAUUAAAAAGCAAAAAUAUUUGAGCCUUAAUGUAUCUCAUGUAAACGUAGCGUGCACAACAAACGGUACAAACCGCCGCAGGAUAAACAGUUCUGAUGUCAUGUGUGACAUCACGUACGUGUAGUUAAAAGCGAGAAAACUCAGAGCUUUCAUUUUAAAACAUUAUUUCCACACUAAAAGCAUCAGGACCUCUAAGUGAGAGCUAACAAAACGGGGCCUUUAAAUUGUGAUGGGCUUUUAUUUUGAAGUUUCACGGUAGUUUCUGCAGCUCUUUCGACCCCCUUCCCCCUCCUCCGUUAUCGUCCAGUUUUCCGUCAGUCCGUCUCAUCCUGCCGGUCGUUCACUCUUCAAACAGAAGAUAAACAUUAAAAACACGUGAUGUCACUCUGAUGUCACAUGUUGCUUUAGUGUCAAACUCCUGAAGGUCACGUUUAAAAACUGUCUCUCGAAAGCAGAUUUAUUUUAACAAUCAGCUUCAUAGGAAUGAGUCCCGGGGUCAGAGGUUAAACUCUGACAGUUUAUGUUCAGGUUGAUAUGAUAUUGAUUCCAGCUCUUCUUUAAAGUGAUGUAGUUUUAACUGUUGAACUCUUAAUUCCUUCUCCUCUUUAUUUCUUUUUGUUUUCUCUGAUAAAUUCCUCAUUUUGAUUUCCUCUGAUUAUUUUGCUGUUUUAAGCACUUAAAAACAUAGGAUGACAUCACUCAAAAAGGCUGUCGAACUAACAUUUAAAAAUACAACUUUUUAGGCUUUUAUUCUGAAGGUUUGUACUGUCUGUAAGAUGAGAGUACUAUCUGUGUAGGUAUGAAUAUACACAUACAUACAAACAUGCAUGCAAACAUAAAUUCAUAAACAUAUUUGAAUGUUGAAUGAAUUAACAAGCAAAUUGAAGAUUCAAACUGUUUUUUAUUUUAUUUUAUUUUAUUACAAUUUUAAGGCAUUUAGAAAAGUCAGAAAAUGAUUAAUACUCUGGAUAAAAAAUGAAAAUGUGAUUGUAGAUUAGAUUCUGAUUGCUGUGUGGACGGCCACAGGUAUAAAAUAUCUUUGGUAAAAGUGUCACAAAUCAAA